AUGGUCGCACCUUUCGACACCAGGCUCGGGCCCAUUCUCAAGACCAUUGACGAGAAUUACGCCAUCUUGAGACAAGAAGCUGAAAUUCAGUCCAUGAUAUAUCAGUUUCAACGAUACUGCAGUAUGCAGAGAGAUCUAUUUGAGAUCAAAGAAGAUCAUGGGCGAAUCAUUGGAGUACUAGAAGAGAUAAUUCGUAGGGAUGACAUGGAUCGAGAAAGAAGAAGCAAAACGAUAGAUGCAUCUGAGAAUCUUGACCGGAAACUUCUGAAACCGCCCGAGCUCGAGAUAUGCGAUGAUUUCUUUCAGGACCUACUUCCCCUGGACAGAAAUCUACAUCAAGUCCACCUCCAAUUAGAUCUGCUUCCAAUGUCUUAUUUGGUAGAGAGCAGCAAUGUCCUUCGUCUUCCUUCAUUCCAGUCAUGGCUAAGCAGUUCAAAAUCUGGUCUUCUGUGGGUAGAUGGGUAUAAGAUACCUCGCCGCCCUAGCUGGACGACGGACUUGUCUCAAAAGAUUGUGCGUGCAGCUACGGAGAGCGGCUACGAUACACUUUCGUAUUUCGGGAGCCUACAUCGAGGGAGUGACGACGAUACACCAAAGCCGCGCGCUCUCGUACAGAGCCUGCUUUUCGGCAUGCUUCAGAAGUUUCCAACAGUGACUUCACAUGGCGAUCCAGAGCUACUCAACGCCGAGAUCUUCGUUGCUGCUAAGACAGACCUGGACCUUUCAUGGAGAAUUUUCGUGGAAUGUCUGCGCGCUCUUCCAUCUUCCACCAUCUACAUCAUGAUAGAAGGCGUUGAUCACUUCACCAUGGCUGGGGAUCAAGCUACCGAUUUCGAAUCUUUGCUGAAACGCCUAAGCACAUUGUCAGCUGCUCUAUUGGAUGAUAAAGUAGUCAAGCUUGCCUUGACGUCUGUUCGACCAAGCGCAGGAUUUCAGCACCUGUUUCCCAACCUAGAGAGACUCGAGGUUUAUCAUGACCACAAGCUACUUAUACGCGUGCCAGCUGCAGCCGCGCGAAGACGCAAACCCCGAUCAAAGUUACAGAAGAAGAGACAAUCGCCCCUUUAUUCCCCAGGACCAACGUUGGAGCCAGAACCGACUGAUAUGGGUAGCGACUUUGCCCCUUCUGACUCAAGUGUGGACAGAGGCGGCAAUGUCAGCGACUCAAGCUCAGACUUCGAUAUCUUUGGUCAAGGCAAGAGGGAGAUAGGCCGUGUGAGAUCCUCUUGGUCAAGUCCGACUCCUGAACAUGGCCGGGCGAGUCCUCUUCAACUUGAUUCGGAGAAGAAGGCGAAGUUGACGGGAGAACAAGAGGCCGAGGAUUCCGACAGCUCAUUCGAAAUAUAUGAGGCGCCUACUGCUGCGUUGCCUGACCAAAGGCCAGCCAGCGAAGGAGACCUUUCGGAUUUUGCACCAUGA